AGAUUAAGCUAGUAAGAUUAACCAUGUCUGACGAAGUCAAUCAAGUUACUGAAAAUGUCAACAAUCUCCACUUGGAUAAGGUCACUGGAGAAUAUGUUUCCAAGACCGAAUUGAAGAAGAGAGAAAAGUUGAGACAAAGAGAUGCCAAAAAGGCUGAAAAGGCUGCUAAGGCUGCUGCCACUGCUCCUAAGGUGGCUAAGAAGAAGGGUGAUGAAGAUUUGACUCCAAACCAAUAUUUUGAAAUCAGAUCUCGUCAAAUUAACGAAUUGAGAGAAGCAAACAAUGCCGAUCCAACCAAGUUCAAUCCUUAUCCUCACAAGUUUCAAGUUACUACCAAGAUUCCUGAAUUCGUUGAAAAGUACAGUCACUUGCAAAGAGGUGAAACCUUGCAAGAUGUUUCUGUUAGUGUUUCCGGUAGAAUCAUGGUCAAGAGAGAAGCUGGUUCUAAGUUGAAGUUUUACAGUUUAAAGGGUGAUGGUGUUCAAGUUCAAAUUAUGGCUCAAGCCCAAGAUGCCGAAUCUGUUGAAGCAUUUGAAAAAAUGCACGAAUUGUUGAGAAGAGGUGAUAUCAUUGGUGUUGUCGGUUACCCAGGUAAGACUGCUCCUGCUAAAGGUGGUGAUGGUGAAUUGUCUGUGUUUGCCAAAACCGUUCAAUUAUUAACUCCAUGUUUGCAUAUGUUACCUACUGAACAUUUUGGUUUCAAGGAUCAAGAAGCUAGAUACAGAAAGAGAUACCUUGAUUUGAUUAUGAACGAUUCUACCAGAGACCGUUUCAAGAUUAGAUCCAAGAUUAUUUCUUAUAUUAGAAAGUUCUUUGACGAACGUGAUUUCAUUGAAGUUGAAACCCCAAUCUUGAAUGUUGUUGCUGGUGGUGCUACCGCCAAGCCAUUCGUUACUCAUCACAAUGACUUAAAUAUGGAAAUGUUUAUGAGAAUUGCUCCAGAAUUGUUCUUGAAGGAAUUAGUUGUCGGUGGUAUGGACCGUGUUUAUGAAAUUGGUCGUCAAUUCAGAAACGAAGGUAUUGACAUGACUCACAACCCUGAAUUCACCACAUGUGAAUUCUAUCAAGCUUAUGCUGAUGUUUACGAUAUAAUGGAUAUGACUGAAUUGUUAUUUUCCGAAAUGGUUAAAGAAAUCACUGGUAGUUAUGUUAUCAAGUACCAUCCUAAUGGUCCUGAAGGAGAAGAAUUGACCUUGAACUUCUCCAGACCAUGGAAGAGAAUCAAUAUGAUUGAAGAAUUGGAAAGAAUUUACAAUGUUAAGUUCCCAGCUGGUGAAACUUUACACACCGAAGCUGCCGGUGAUUUCAUGAAGAAAUUAUUGAAGGAUAACAACAUUGAAUGUACCCCUCCAUUAACCAACGCUAGAAUGUUGGACAAAUUGGUUGGUGAUUUAGAAGAUUCCUGUAUCAACCCAACCUUCAUCUUUGGUCAUCCACAAAUGAUGUCUCCAUUGGCCAAGAAGGAUAGAAAUGUUCCAGGUUUGUGUGAAAGAUUUGAAGUUUUCGUUGCCACCAAGGAAAUUUGUAACGCUUAUACCGAAUUGAAUGAUCCAUUUGACCAAAGAGCCAGAUUUGAAGAACAAGCCAGACAAAAGGCUCAAGGUGAUGACGAAGCUCAAAUGGUUGAUGAAACCUUCUGUAACGCCUUGGAAUACGGUUUACCACCAACUGGUGGCUGGGGUUGUGGUAUUGAUAGAAUUGCCAUGUUUUUGACCAACUCUAACACCAUUAGAGAAGUAUUGUUGUUCCCAACCUUAAAGCCAGAUGCUUUGGUGUUGAAGGGUGAAGAAGCCUUUGCUGAUUUAGCUUAAACUAGAUUUGUUUUAUAUAUAAUACACAUACUAUCUUCUUAUCAAGUCUCCUCUUCUCUUCAUUUCAAGAGCUUUCUUAUAUGGAGGCGCCGUGGGCAUUUGUACUGGUUCUAAUGCAAGUCUAUUCAAUUCCAAAGUAUAAGUAGCAUCAGAAUCGACAUCAUUGAUGUCACCACAAGCCACAAACUUUGCGAUUUUCCGUUCUUCGUCAUCAGGUAAUUCGAAAUGUUCCAAAUUACCAGCUUUACCGAUAUCUGCGCCUUCAAAGAAUUCUUCAGUUGAGGUUUGUAAAUCCAAUUUUGGAUUCCAUCCUGGUCUUGGUUUAUACCCUAAACACACAAUAAAAGCUUCAAGAGAAGUACCCCUUGAUGCUCUUGGCUUGGCACAUAUGACUCUUUCAAAAAGGUAACUCAAUUGACUAUACAACAAGUCGAUAUCUCUGCCUCGGAAAAUCUUGGCCACAAAUGUUCCACCUGGCUUCAACAAACAUGUAGUCAAUUGCAAUGCCGACAAUAUCAAUUGGGCUUGAAUAUAUUCGUCUAAAUCAUGCAAUCCCGUCACAUCAGGUGCACCAUCGCUACACACGAAAUCUGCUUGUUCACCGGCAAAUAUAUCGAGAAUGGUUUGUAAAGUGUUUGGAUGGGUAAUAUCGGCUUGUAUUGUAGUCACUCCAUCAAUAGGAGUCAUUGGCUGUAAAUCCACCGCCACAAUCUUGGCAUUUUUACCCUGAAGUUCUCGACUAAGCACUUGUGACCACGAUCCUGGUGCAGCACAAAGAUCCACUACGCGAGUUAUCCCGUCGAAUAAGUUAAAUUCUUGGUUUAACUGAAGGAGCUUGAAUGCAGAACGGGCACGCCAUCCUUCUUCUUUGGCUCGUCUAUAAUAUAAAUCUCGUUUAUCCUUACUUGAUUUACCCAUGCUGCCUACUAAC